CCCUACGCGCUGGUCCUCAGCGCCCCCGCCCUCCCAGCGCUCCCACAGCCCGAGCGCCGCUCAGCUGACCCGCGGGCGCCAGACGCCGCGGCUUCCAGUUCGCGAGCGCAGCUGCGGCGGCGCGAGUCUCUCACGCCGACACUCCCCCUGCGCGCCCCUCCCCCACCCGGGACCGGGACUGGGACUGACUGGGCGCGAGCUCGCGGCCGCUUCUCCGGUGCCGAGCGGGGAGCGAGGCUGCGGUGACGAGCGGCGGCUGCGCGGCCAUGGGCGCGCCGGUGUCGCCCUAGGACAGACGCGCGGGGACCGCAGGCGUAGCGGCGAGCCUUCCCGAGAGGCGGCGGCGGCAGGAGCAGCGCGGCGGGGAUGAGCGGGAGCGGCGCGGCGCCCGGCCCGGGCUCGGGCUCCUCCCCGGCCGCCUGCCGCUUCGCGCACUACUUCGUGCUGUGCGGGAUCGACGCAGACAGCGGGCUGGAGCCCGACGAGCUGGCGGUUUUGUACCAAUGGCUAGAAGCAGAUCGUCAUGGCAAGAGCCAAGAUGCUGCAAAUACGACUUCAGGUGAAAAUUUUGACCAGAGUCCUUUGAGAAGAACAUUCAAAUCCAAAGUGCUGGCCCACUAUCCUGAGAAUAUAGAAUGGAACCCUUUUGAUCAAGAUGCAGUGAACAUGUUGUGCAUGCCUAAAGGGCUAUCUUUCAGAACUCAGACUGACAAUAAAGACCCUCAGUUCCACUCAUUUAUAAUUACCCGGGAAGAUGGCUCUCGUACCUAUGGUUUUGUUCUGACUUUUUACGAAGAAGUUACCAGUAAGCAGAUCUGCACAGCCAUGCAGACGCUCUACCAGAUGCACAAUGCCGAGCAUUACAGCAGUGUGUACGCUUCGUCCUCCUGCAGCAUGGAUUCGCUGGCCAGCAGUAUUGAUGAGGGAGACACCACUUCCCUUUUGAAACUCCAGCGGUACAACUCCUAUGACAUCAGCAGAGACACGCUGUAUGUUUCAAAAAGUAUAUGCUUGAUCACACCACUGCCUUUCAUGCAGGCCUGCAAGAAGUUCCUCAUCCAGCUUUAUAAAGCAGUAACCUCCCAGCAGCCGCCACCCUUGCCACUUGAGAGCUACAUCCAUAACAUUCUCUACGAGGUACCCCUUCCACCUCCAGGGAGAUCACUGAAAUUUUAUGGUGUUUAUGAACCCGUCAUCUGCCAGAGACCUGGGCCCAGUGAACUCCCCCUUUCUGAUUACCCUCUUCGAGAGGCCUUCGAGCUUCUGGGAUUGGAGAACCUGGUGCAGGUGUUUACCUGUGUUCUUUUAGAGAUGCAGAUCCUUCUCUACUCACAAGAUUAUCAACGCUUGAUGACUGUGGCGGAAGGCAUCACCACACUUUUGUUCCCAUUUCAGUGGCAGCAUGUUUAUGUGCCCAUCCUCCCUGCUUCUCUGCUACAUUUUCUUGAUGCUCCUGUCCCUUAUCUGAUGGGCCUUCAGUCAAAAGAAGGAACUGACCGUUCUAAACUAGAACUUCCUCAAGAGGCUAAUUUGUGUUUUGUGGAUAUUGACAACCAUUUUAUUGAACUGCCUGAAGAAUUUCCACAGUUCCCCAAUAAGAUGGAUUUUAUCCAGGAACUCUCUGAAGUGCUUCUUCAAUUUGGGAUCCCUCCUGAGGGUAGCCUCCAUUGCAGUGAGAGUGCCACAAAACUGAAGAAUCUGGUUCUGAAGGACUUGGUUAAUGACAAGAAGAAUGGUAAUGUCUCCACUAACAACAUCAGCAUGUAUGAGUUACUGAAAGGCAAUGAAACCAUAGCCCGCCUCCAAGCUCUGGCCAAGCGGACCGGUGUGACUGUGGAAAAAAUGGACCUCUCUGGCACACUGAGUGAAAAAGAAAAGGAUUUAAAACUGCAGUGUGAAGAGGCAGAACUAAGGGACUACCAGCUCAACGUGCAGCUCCGUGAGGUCUUUGCUAACCGCUUUACACAGAUGUUUGCAGAUUAUGAAGCGUUUGUGAUUCAGACUGCCCAGGACAUGGAAUCCUGGCUGACCAACCGAGAACAAAUGCAGAACUUUGACAAAGCUUCCUUUCUCUCUGACCAGCCUGAGCCUUACCUGCCAUUUCUUUCACGCUUCAUUGAAACACAGAUGUUUGCCACCUUUAUUGAUAAUAAAAUUAUGUCUCAGUGGGAAGAGAAGGAUUCUUUGCUUCGGGUCUUUGACUCUCGGAUUGAGAAGAUGAGACUGUAUAAUGUAAGGGCGCCCACCUUGAGGACAUCUAUUUAUCAGAAAUGCAGCACUUUAAAAGAAGCAGCCCAAUCAAUUGAGCAGCGACUAAUGAAAAUGGAUCACACUGCAAUCCACCCACAUCUGCUUGAUAUGAAAAUUGGUCAAGGCAAAUAUGAGCAAGGGUUCUUUCCAAAGUUACAGUCUGAUGUCUUGGCAACAGGACCAACUAAUAACAAUCGCUGGGUAAGUCGGAGUGCCAAUGCACAGCGCAGGAAAGACCGCCUUCGCCAACACUCAGAGCACAUUGGAUUGGACAACGACCUGAGGGAGAAAUAUAUGCAAGAGGCACGAAGUUUAGGAAAAAACCUGAGGCAACCCAAAUUGUCAGACCUCUCUCCUGCAGUGAUUGCACAAACCAACUGCAAAUUUGUAGAAGGCUUAUUAAAAGAAUGUAGAAUGAAGACAAAGCGCAUGUUGGUGGAGAAGAUGGGACACGAAGCAGUGGAACUGGGCCAUGGAGAAGCAAACAUAACCGGCUUGGAAGAGAACACCUUGAUCGCCAGCCUCUGUGACCUACUGGAAAGGAUAUGGAGCCACGGCUUGCAGAUUAAGCAGGGGAAGUCAGCUUUGUGGUCACAUUUAAUUCAGUUUCAGGACAGAGAAGAGAAGCAAGAGCACCUUGCAGAAUCUCCAGUUGCCCUUGGACCAGAAAGAAGAAAAUCUGACUCAGGAGUUAUGUUGCCAACACUCAGGGUCUCUCUUAUCCAAGACAUGAGGCAUAUUCAGAACAUGAGUGAGAUCAAGACAGACGUCGGACGAGCUCGGGCAUGGAUAAGACUAUCUCUAGAAAAGAAGCUCUUGUCCCAGCAUCUGAAGCAGUUGCUCUCCAACCAGCCACUCACCAAGAAGCUUUAUAAGCGUUAUGCUUUUCUACGCUGUGAAGAAGAAAGAGAGCAGUUUCUUUACCAUCUUCUUUCCCUCAAUGCAGUUGACUACUUCUGCUUCACCAGUGUGUUCACCACUAUCAUGAUUCCAUAUAGGUCUGUGAUCAUCCCCAUCAAAAAGCUGAGCAAUGCGAUCAUCACAUCGAACCCUUGGAUCUGUGUGUCAGGAGAGCUAGGAGACACGGGAGUAAUGCAGAUUCCCAAAAACCUCCUUGAAAUGACUUUUGAGUGCCAGAACUUGGGGAAGCUGACCACAGUUCAGAUUGGUCACGAUAACUCAGGACUAUUAGCCAAAUGGCUAGUGGAUUGUGUCAUGGUCAGAAAUGAGAUCACAGGACAUACAUACAGGUUCCCAUGCGGGCGGUGGUUGGGGAAAGGCAUUGAUGAUGGAAGCCUGGAGAGAAUCCUUAUUGGGGAAUUGAUGACCUCGGUGGCAGAUGAGGAUCUGGUAAAGCAGUGUCGGACUCCACCCCAGCAGAAAUCCCCCACCUCGGCUCGGAGACUGAGCAUCACUUCACUGACAGGAAAAACCACCAAACCCAAUGCUGGACAGAUCCAAGAAGGAAUUGGAGAAGCUGUGAAUAAUAUUGUGAAACAUUUUCAUAAACCUGAAAAAGAGAGAGGAAGCCUCACGGUGUUGCUGUGUGGAGAAAAUGGACUGGUUGUGGCACUUGAACAAGUCUUUCAUCAUGGAUUCAAAUCUGCCCGCAUCUUCCACAAGAAUGUCUUCAUCUGGGAUUUCAUAGAGAAAGCAGUUGCUUAUUUUGAAACCACUGACCAGAUUCUAGACAAUGAAGAUGAUGUCCUUAUUCAGAAAUCAUCCUGCAAAACCUUUUGCCACUAUGUAAAUGCUAUUAAUACUGCACCCAGGAACAUUGGGAAGGACGGCAAAUUUCAGAUUUUAGUUUGCCUUGGAACACGGGAUCGCCUGCUCCCACAGUGGAUCCCACUCUUAGCCGAGUGUCCUGCUAUUACCCGAAUGUACGAGGAGAGCGCCCUCCUGCGUGACCGCAUGACUGUCAACUCUCUCAUCCGCAUUCUGCAGACCAUUCAGGACUUCACCAUAGUCUUGGAAGGAUCACUCAUCAAAGGAGUGGAUGUGUAACCAACGUGACUAGAAACUCUCAGUCCAGACCCCUUGUUCCCGAACCUUCCCCAGCUAUGGGGACUGAUUUGGACUUGUCUGACAAGAUAGUGAGUCACUGCUGGGGCAACACACUGUAUUCCCCAAUUUGAACAAUCCUCACACUACAGACAAGGGAAAAUGCUGUAUUGUAGUUCAUUUGAACCUGGAAUUUAGUAUAAAAUAGAGUAUUUUCAUGUGUUAGAUGUGUGUAAAUAUGCUAUCUUCUUUAAGAAAUUAUAUUACUCUAAUAAGAUACUUUUCUUAGAUUAAAUAUUCCUGUGAUUUAAAAUAAGUUGCUUAACCGCAUUGGGAGUUGGGGAGGGGAAGAGUGGUGCUAGCCAGGAAGAAGCCAGUAAACAUGUAAUUACAGUGCAACCGAGUCGGGCCUUUUUUUUCCCUCCAGGUAUUACAAAGGAUCCCAGAAUGCAUUGUUAUGUCGUAGCCAUCUGUCCUGGUGUGUCCGAGUCUUUGUAUUGUGAAAGUGAACAGCUUUACCUACUGUACGUGACAGUCCACACUUAAAUGUUUUUUUUAAGUUACAAAUGGUUUCAUACAUUUGAAUUGAGUCACUUUUCCAGUCUUUUGGAAAAAUUUUUCCAUCCGCACAAGCUAAAGAUAUGAUUCAAAUAUUUUAAAUACUGGACCCCAGGAGCUUGGCUGAACUGGAAAGAGAACACACAAAGCCCUGAGAAGUAUGUUAAAUUGUAGGAUUAUAACUUCUUUACACUUUGGAAAGAUUAGCCUAGACUAACUUCAUUCUUCACAUUUUUAUUCUUGUUAUGUGAGGUACUUUGCAGAGAUGUGAAUUUCAAAGUGUUGGUCUCAGAGUUCUAAGAACUGCAAACAGCAGUUUGAUUCUGUACUUAAAAUUUGGCCAUCUAAUCCCUGCAGCAGUUCCUUACCUCAAGGAUUAUCUCAAACCCUCUCUUUGUUAGGUUCCAGUCCCCACUCCCCUCCCCUCUUCCUGAGCCCAUCCCCCUUCUCAGGAAAUGGAAGGAAUGUCUAAGAAGGAGGAGGGCUCUGUGUAACUUGGAAUGUUUUUGUGAAAGUAUUUGUUGACGAAGAUAAUGCAAAUAACAGAGGGAAAGAGCAAGAAUGAACCCUUUCUGGGUGUUUCAGGGCAAGUUUUUAUGUUCCUUUUUUAAGAAAGGGUAAUAAUAUAAAACAACUGGCCUGGAGAAGGUAAAAGCUAGGGCCGCACAGACUGACAAAAAUGGAAGCAGAAUGAGAGGCAACAGUUUUGAAAGACCAAACAUUGUGAGUAGCUUUCCAGCUUGGGAUUUUAUAAGGAAGUUAAAUAAAUGUGGUGUUAGCUAGUUACCUUGAGUCUUCACUUAAGGUAGGUCCUGUAACUAAUUAGGAAUUUGCAUACUGUUAGCAGUGAAAUUGCCUCACAGAGCUCUGAGUUUUAUCCCCAGUUGUGGCUGAGAAGCAAAGCCAUGGCCUCUCAGGACCCUUGUACAAUCUUGAGGGUCCUGGGCUUUAGCCAACAGUAUUGUUUCCCUUAUUUCCUGGAGGAAGAAAUUAAACAAACAAGUGCUUCACUCCCUUUAUCAAACACUGUAUUCAACUGGGGUGACUAAGGCACAAACCCUUUUAAUCUGUGACUUAGUACUUGAGGAGCACCAGGGGAGCUGAAGGCAGCAUUUAGAAACCCAGGGAAGGGCUUCAGAAAGAUGAUUCUGGGUGACCUGGGCACACAGGAGAUGUGUUCCCUGAGGCCAAGGGCUGUCUGCCUUGGUGUAGCUCUUCAAGGACCUAGAAGGUCUUUCAUGGGAGGUAUCCAGAACCUACUUCACACGGGGUUCUUGUGUUGCAGUGAUUAAAGACCACAGAAUGAUGAGUGUAGCGUUUUAUUCCUGUACCUUUCUUAGAAGGCCAUCAUUCUGGCACACUCUGGGCAGCUGAGAGAUGACUUACGUGAGCAUGCUAGCAUUGAGCCAUCAUUUUGUAGAUGGGAACACUUGAGGAUCAGAGGGUUUAAAUACUUAACCCCACAGCUGGUCAGUGACAAAACAGAGUCUAGAGCUCAUGUCUUUUAUUACACCAAGGCUGUGUGAGACUGAGCACCAAGGAGGCAUUCAUAUUAAUAGUCUUUCUACCCCUGGAUCUUUAUCCAUCCACCUAAACAGAUAGGAAAUAACUGUUAACAUUCAUUUAUAAUAAUCAUUUAUAAGGAUUAAUUUAACAUUCAUUUUAACACAUGGUUCUCAAGUGGUAGAGAAUUACAUCCGUUACAAAAACCGGGAGCAAAAUUGGAUUUGGGGCCUGUGAAUAAAGCUAUUACUUUAAAAAGUAGUACCCCCCAAAAGAGUUAUACCUAAAGUCUUAUCCCACUUUGUGUAGUAUGACCACAACAAUGGAAGUGACCAAUUUCAAAAGAGAUAAUCACACCAGAACUGACCCCUCCUCUAGAAUGCUGGAGCCUUUAAAUUGAUCACCUGGGGAGCCCAUAUAGUUAUUCCAGUGACAACAACCAUGUCUCAUACAUGUGGGGACCUCCUUGCAAGCUGCUUGAAUGGCCUACAGCCCAUUCUUCUGACUAUUGCCAGUUAUGGUAAAUCUUGACUUUUUUUUUUUUUUUAAUCUUGGCAUUUUAAAAGAAAUUUAGUAUUUGCAAACAAAAAGUCCUUAGGAACCGAGUUGAU